AUGCAGACGCUCGCGGCGAACCUGCCGAACUUCGACAUCGACAUCGAGGUCGUGGACAAGGCGGCCCUCGCGACGGUCCUGGAGGCCGACGAGGACGCGACGCUCGGCGGCGAGCUCGGCGAGCGCGUCCGCCGCCGUCCGGCCGCGGCCGCGCCCCGCGACGCGCGCUUACCCGCGCAGCUGCGUCGAGCGCCUCUGGCGCGAGGAGGCGAUCCAGGCCAUGCGCGCGCGCCGCGCCCCCCGGCCGGUCCCCCCGGGACGCCGCGCCGCGGCAGGUGGAAGCUGCGGGGCCACGUCCAGAUCGUCGAGUCCGUCGUCUACUUCUUCGAGAAGAUCGCCGAGCUCAAGCGGGGCGACUACGUCGCGACGGUCCAGGACAUCAUGCACGCGCGCGCGCGCCGGCCGCGCCGGGGCGGCCGCCGACCGCGCGCUCGACCGCGCGCGCCCGCGCAGUACACGAUCAAGGGCAAGGACUACGAGAUGUACGACGUCGGCGGCCAGCGCAACGAGCGCCGCAAGUGGGUCAACUGCUUCGAGAACGUGACGAGCGUGCUCUUCGUCGCGUCGCUCAGCGACUACGACGCGAAGAUGUUCGAAGACGAGACGACGAACCGCAUGAAGGACGCGCUCGACCUCUUCGAGGAGGUCUGCGACAACCGCCACUUCUCGAACGUGUCGACGCUGCUCUUCCUCAACAAGCGCGACCUCUUCGCGGCCAAGGUCGCGGAGGUCCCCAUCGGGCGAGCCAACGGCUUCCCGGACUACGCCGGCAAAGCGAACGACUACGCCGACGGCGUCCGCUACUUCACGGACAAGUUCCUGCGGAAGAACAAGGACCCGGAGCGGACGAUCUUCUGCCACGUCACGUGCGCGACGGACACGUCCAACGCGCGUCUCCGCCGCGUCUUCCGGGGGUUCGCGCGCGGGGAGCCGCGCGCGGCCGCAGGUCCGCGCGGUCAUGGACAUGUGCUACCACGUCAUCACCCAGAAGAAGCUGGAAUCCAUCGGCUUCAUGUGAUGCGACGGCCCCCGCCCCCCCGAAGACCCCGUGUGAACCCUAAAUCCCCAUGCCGCCCGUGCACUCGAGCGUGUGGCCCGUGACGUACGUCGCGAGCGGCGAGCAGAGGAGCGCGACGGCGCCCGCGGCCUCGUCCGGCGUGCCCACGCGCCCCAGGGGCACGGUCGCCUUGAGGAGCUUCGGGUCGCGCCAGGCCGCGGCGACGUGGUCCGGCAGGCCCUGGGCCACGUCGACGCCGUCGACGGCGACGGUCUCGGACGCGGCCUGCGUCAUCCGCGUGUCGAUCAUGCCGAACGCGACGGCGUUGCAGCGCACGCCGAAGCCGCCCCACUCCUUGGCCACGGUCUUCGUCAGGCCCGCGACGCCCGCCUUGGCGAAGGCGUAGUUCGCCUGGCCCACAUUGCCGUGGAGCCCGGACGUCGACGACACGUUCACGAUCGACCGGUCCCGCGGCGAGUCGCCGGCGAGGACCUCCGCCUUGCCCGCGUCGCGCAGGUAGGGCGCCGCGGCGCGGAUCAGGCGGAAGGGCGCCUUGGCGUGCACGUCGAGGAUCGCGUCCCACUGGUCGUCGGACAUGGUGUGCACCAUGCCGUCCCAGAGGAAGCCCGCGUUGUUCACGAGGAUGUCGACCCGCCCGUGCGCGCCCGCGGCGUCGCCGAGGAGCGCCUCGGCGAAGCCGUCCUCGGCGACGGAGCCGCCGAAGGCCCGGGCGCUGCCGCCGGCGUUCGCGAUGUCGUCGACGACCGUCUGCGCCACCGACGCGUCGAGGUCGUUGACGACGACGGCCGCGCCCUGGCCCGCGAAGACCUUGGCGAUGGCAGCGCCGAUGCCGCGGCCCGCGCCCGUGACGACGGCUACGCGGCCUGCGAGCAUUGUUAUGUGCAGCGAGGUGCG